AUGGCUAGAGAGGGACAUGAAUUUCGUUUCCAACUUGAAUGCCUUUGGGACAUGACCAAAGAACAGUUGAUUAAGCAGAAAUUUGAUGAAUUUGAGAAAUUCAUGGAGAAGUGGGAUUGUGAGAGGUUAAAGGGGAAAUGGGAUACUGCAAAUGUAAGCAUUGAGAAAGAUCUUACAUUUGGAUUUUCAUGGCCUCAAAGGAACUAUUAUUGCAGCUUUUGCAAGAAAGAGUUCAAAUCUGCACAGGCUCUUGGGGGUCAUAUGAAUGUUCACAGAAGAGAUAGGGCUAGAAUGAGACUGUCUCCUUCGUGGGAAUUUCCAGACUCAAACUCUAAAACCAAUUCUAACCCUAACCCUAACCCUAGUUUUUCUUCAUCAUCAUCUGCAACUAGGUUUUCACCUUAUAAUGUGAAAUGUAAUUCCUCUCUUUCUGCCUUUUCUUCAUCACCAACUCCAGCCACUGAUCGGCAUUUGCAGCGAGAUGAAGUUGCAACUCCUCUUGAAGGGGAUAUGGGCAAGAAUCUGAAGAAAGGAGCCUUGCUUCGGGUCAACGAUCUAACGGGAUUUUCAAGUAGCAAUGAUCCUAGGAUUUGGAGGGCAAAAGAGUUGGUUAAGCUGGAUUUGAACAGGGGUUUAGUCCAACAUGCAAAGGAGGAUUUGGACUUGGAGCUUAGGCUUGGUUACUCUAAUUAG